GUACAGCAGUUCGCCGAGGGUUUGCACUUCAGUGCUUUUCAUUGACCUGGCAGUUAUCAUUCACAUGUUCUAAUCAGUGCUUUUUGUUUGACACUGACAGUUGACUCACAUGUACUAAUCAGUGCUUUUUGUUUCACACUGACAGUUGACUGACACUUGGUUUCCACAGGGACUAACCCAGGUUGAGGAGAUGCUGAUAUCAGCAGUGAUGCCCAUCAUGUCUGUCUGCAGACUGCCUCAAGGACAGUAUGGGUACAGUGGACAUGUUGUCAACCUUCCCCGGGAUGUGGCAUCCUUCACUCAGAAAUUGCCGAUUCUACUCGCUCCGCUAGCCCAAAGAAUGCUAAGUAUUUCCACUAGUAUACAACCAACGUGGCGUAGCGCAUGCACUCAUUGGCCGCCUCGUAGCCUGUAGUGCGAGAACUCGCGCGGACAGACAGACAGACAGACAGACGGACAGACCGACAGAACGACUACAGUAACCUCGCUGCGCAUGCAUGCCGAGGGUUAAUGACUUCUCCUGGUGACCCGGACGAAAUCAAAUGUUUCAAUCCUGAAAUAAAGACAAAUCACUAUGAGUCAAAGGGGACAUACGUUUGUGAGCUGGUGGGAGAACAACGCCGUCUAUUGCAUCGGAGGAGAAGUGACAACAGCAUCAGACUGGGGGAACAUGUGGAAAACUCGCUCUUGGCAUUCAUAAAUAGAACUCGCAAAGCAAUGGUUGAUUUACCUCAUGAACGUGGGGGCGACGUGAAACAUUCGCUGAGGGAGCUACACAAAAACAGAAACAACACUGAGAUCGCGCACAAGAUUGAAAGUCUGGUGAAGCUGGAAGCAGAGUAUGGACCACUACCACAAUAUUCCCCAGCCAUUGAUGCAUUGGAUUAUCUGAAAGAGCAUCAUGGAUCAAUUGUCCGCAAGGACGUCAAGAUGAAGUUACUUCUAUACUUCAUCAUCAGUCCUGAAGGAAGUCUAAGAUCGCAAAUCGUACAUAGUAAAACCUCUUUGACUUGCAGUUUUAAUUAUGUGUAUGUAUAGGCUCUGCUCAAUGCCCUGGAAACUGCAGCCAAUGACGAUGAAUUGGAAGCCAUUGUCAUGUACAUAGCCAUGCUGGCUAAUCCGCAGCCACAAAUGGUCAAUACACUCGAGAAACUCCUAUCGUCUGAUGUUCACUCCACUGACUCACUCCUCCUGGCUUACAGCGCCAUCAUUCCCAAAACUUCUCCAGAACUCCACCAGGAAUGGUUCUCUUCCUCAUCGAUCGUCUCCCAGAGGCCGAGACCAAUACAACGUCACUCCUUCACCACAUUCUCUCUCUCGGAAACUCUGGCUAUGCCUAAGGACCAUCAUUUUAUGUCGACGCUUGACGAUGCUUGCACACGUAGCUGGGAGAAGACGCAAGAAAUUUGUGCACCUCGGCUGCUCCAACUUCCUUCAGUGCUGAAUUAUGUCACCUCAUGUUCAUAUGUUGUAUGUUUGUUUGGUUCCGCCCAUUCCUCUGGGUGCGUGGUCUAUGGCCCUAGUGCUAUGGCAGCCACCUGAGUAUUAUUAUUAUGUCGAAC